UAAGAAGAAUUAUAAUUUAGACUAUUUCCUGACCAAUCGAGACAACUUCCGUUUACGCCUUCGUUUGUUUGUGUUGCCAUGGAAACCGUACUCGUGGGUAGUGAACAGUUCUCGUCAGAAACGGCCUCAUAAAAGCCUUGAAAUCAACAACAGAAAUACUUUUAUUGAACAUCAGGAUUAAAUAUAGGUGUCAUGAGUAUUCAGGCUGUUUCUGCUCUGGUGGCUCCGGGUUCGAGUUGCUGGUCGGUUCCUGUGGAGCAUCUGGACUACAGCUUCAUCCAGAACUGCUCAGACCUGAACCAUCUGGAGCAGAUCCUGAGAGUCCUGCGGUCUGGUCAGGAAGGGUUUUACCCUCAUCUCAUUGAGUUCUGUGAGAAGCACAUGGAGAAUCUGGACCCAAAGUCUGGAGUCCUGCGGCAGGAGAAGAGCGUCUCCACCGCUGCAUGUUUCUCCGCAGAGGAAUGGACUGAGAUCUCAGAAGAGCUGCAGAUGUGGGAGAGAAACAUGAGAAUAAAUGAAACUGAGUUAAAGAGAAACUGUUUAUUCAGUGAUGUUGAAGAUGUGCCGCCAGUGCGUUCAUCAAACACCACAGAUCAGAGAACCGAGAGGAAAUAUAAUUCAUCGCCCGGAGCGCUCCGAGACCGGCACAGGUUUCAUGUGGAUAAAGACGAGAUGCACAGAACGACCCAUCACAGCACCACUAAUCUCCCUAUAAUCAGACACACAAUCAACAACACGGCUCUGAGUGCUCAGGAGAAAUGUGUUCUGUCUCGCCGUGAGAAAGAUAAAGGUAAUGAUGCGUUCAGAAGUGGAGAUUAUGAGGAGGCCGCGGUGUACUACAGCAGGAGUCUGUCUCUCAUGUCAUCCGUCACCGCGUAUAAUAACCGUGCUCAGACUCACAUCAAACUCAAGCGCUGGCACACGGCUCUCAGCGACUGCAAUGCGGUUUUACAGCUGGAACCAGGAAAUGUUAAAGCUCUAUUGCGUCGCUCUACUGUGCACAAGCAUCUGGGUCACCUGCAGGAAUGUCAAGCUGAUCUGAGAACAGUUCUGCUGAUGGAGCCGCACAACAUCACAGCACAGAAGCUCCUACUGGAACACACACAGACAGACAAUCAUCAGGAAAAAGUCAGCAAAAAGAUCCUCAUUCAGGAGGUUGAAGAAGAAGAAGAAGAGGAGGAGGAGGAGUGUUAUGAUGAAGAGGAGAAAGGGGAGGAUCAUAAUGAUGAAGUCUUGAAUUCAGAGUCUCAGUUUAACGUCCUGAAGACAGAAGGGAACGAUUUGGUCAAGAGAGGCUGCUAUCAGGAUGCACUCCACAAAUACACUGAAUGUGUUCAGCUGAAGCCGCACGAGUGUGUCGUUUACACCAACAGAGCGCUCUGUUAUAUUAAACUGGAGCGCUUCACUGAAGCAAAGCAGGACUGUGACUCCGCCCUCCAGCUCCACCCCACCAAUAAGAAAGCUUUCUACAGACGUGCACUGGCCAAUAAGGGCCUGAAGGAUUACCUGGCAAGUCAUUCAGACCUGCAGCAGCUGUUGUGUUUGGAUGUGAGUGUUGUGGAGGCUCAGGAGCUGCUGAUCGAGGUCAAACAUCUGAUGGAGGUGAAUCGAUGUUCUCCAGCACGACCACGCAAGAAUGUUCCUAUCACUGAGGUUGACAGUGAGGAUGAUGAUGGUGAUGAAUAUCAGGACAGCAGUGAUAACAGACCGAACCGCAGCGCUGGCGUCCCGUCCAUCCACCUGCAGCCGUCGAACGCUUACGAGUUUGGACAAGCGCUGAACGCCGCUCGCUCUCAUGGUGACCUUUUGACCUGCGCUGAGCUGCUGUGCAGCGUCGCAUCGGAGCGUCUCCCGCAUUACAUCAGCACGCAGCUGGACGCACACACCCUCAGCUUCAUCAUCCAGACGCUGGACACACACCUGCUGCACACACACACACAGCUGGUGUAUGAACACCUCACACACCUGCACACGGCGCACAGAUUCUCGAUGGUGUUGAUGUUGUUGGACCGGGAGGAACGCAGACGGCUGUCGCAGCUCUUUGAACACAUGAGUGCGCUGCAGAAUGAAACCUUUUCACAAAAUGAUGUCAGAAAUCUGUCCCAGAAAUACAUCUGAUGCUCCUUCCAUCAUCUGCAUGAACUCAACACAUCUGUGAAACAUCUGACUGUACUGACACUUUAUAAUCUUACAUUUACUGCUAUAAACAAACACAUUUGCAUUCACUUUAAAUAUGAUUUAUGCUUAAACAACUGUAUAGGAACACCUUUAUAUAAAUACAGGAGCUCUAGUUUUAGUAUUUGAUAUUAAAAGUGCAAAACAUGUUACGCAACAACACACACUCUCACACACACUCUCACACAUACUCUUACACACACACACUCUAACACACACACUCUCACACAUACUCUUACACACACUCACACAUACUCUUACACACACUCACACACACACUCUCACACACACACACAGCUUCUAUUUCAGUGAGGGAUCUGCUGGAAUUGGAUAUUAUUCAUAUUUACUGUAUUUGAUGUUAUCUGCUAAAACUGAAAUCAAAUGUUGUAAAUGAAUUCAAUAAGUGCAAGUAAUAUCUGCAUAAUCGUUGAGAUGGAUUCAUUCUGUGCUUAAUAACAUGGACAUCAGCGGGCACAUUACAGCGGGCAUCUAAAUAAAAUAAA